UCAGGGUGGGCCAGGCCGCAGAUUCCCGGCGGAACCGCAGCCCCGGGGCCGCCGCUCCCCGCACGGGCGGCACCUGCGGACGGACCGGCGGGAACGCAACCGCCCGCCGGCUGCGCCACUUCUGGUUUAGAUCGAGGAGGGGCCGUCUGCCAUUGGACGCCCUGCGCAAAGCCCUCCCCUGUCCUGGCAAUGCCUCAGGCGCAUGCGCACGCCGCACUUCCGGCGGCGGCCAUGGUGACGGCGGCAGGCAGGAAGACCGUUCAGAAAGGAAAACUCAUGGAUUUCACAAGUACAGUCAUCAUCCCGCUGCUUUUUGGCAGCUUGGGGAUCUUUGGGCUUUUUCGGCUCCUGCAGUGGAUGCGGAUGCGAACGUACCUGCAGGAAGCUGUGGUGGUGAUCACCGGGGCCACCUCUGGCCUGGGAAAAGAGUGUGCCAAAGCUUUCCAUGCAGCUGGCUGCAAGCUGGUGCUCUGCGGCAGAGAUGGUGAGAAACUCAAAGGCGUGGUGCAGGAGCUUUCUACCAUGACCAAUCACCGGAAGAACACACACAAACCUCACACUGUGGUAUUUGACCUCUCGGAUACUAAAACUGUCCUAAAUGCUGCUGAAGAGAUCCUGAAGUACUUGGGUCACGUGGACAUACUGAUCAACAACGCGGGCAUCAGUUUCCGAGGCACAAUUGUGGACACGGGACUGGAUGUGGACAAGAAAGUGAUGGAAACAAAUUACUUUGGUCCUAUAGCCCUCACCAAAGCACUUCUCCCCUCCAUGAUCAAGAGGAGACAAGGCCACAUUGUGGCCAUCAGCAGCGUUCAAGGCAAAAUAAGCAUUCCUUUCAGAUCUGCGUAUGCUGCCUCUAAGCAUGCUACCCAGGCUUUCUUUGAUUGUCUACGAGCAGAGGUGGAGCAGUAUGACAUUGAUGUGACGGUUAUAAGCCCCGGAUACAUUCAGACAAACCUCUCUCUCAAUGCUGUAACAGCAGAUGGAUCUCGCUAUGGAGUUAUGGACAAGAACACCGCCGAGGGACAGACGGCCGCGGAGGUCGCUCAGGUGGUUCUCAGCGCAGUGGGACAGAAGAAGAAGGAGGUACUUGUGGCCGGCCUGACGCCCUCCCUGGCUGUCUACCUGCGAAGCCUCUUCCCCAGUAUCUUCUUCACCUUAAUGGCAACUAGAGCGAAAAAAGAGAGAAAAGCAAAGGACUCUUAGAGCUCAGCUCAUGUGAGCAGUAACUGCAGGGAGAGGCUGAACCCCCUGCGGUUUGGCUGGGACAGCAGUGGAAGUGCUCCUGCAGGUAAAAACUUUCUCAAAGUGCUGCAGUUUACCAGUGUAUGGAGAGCGGGAAGUGGUUUCCCCCCAUCGGGGUGGGCCCACGUGCUGGAGAUCAGCACCUAAACCUCACCUGAAGAAAGGACAAGGCGGGAGGGCUGAGGCUGCAGAGAAGGGAACUGCAGCAGGAGAGACCACGUGCUGGAAGGCAGCACCUCACCCAACUCCAGGCCAGCUCAGCUUUGCUGGCCUGCUGCAAAUAAAACCCAUUAUGCCUUCACACAAGCAGAUCGUGGCUUUCCUCACCCCACAGCCCCUGUGAAACGCAGUCCUCAGCUGGGAUUUCUCAUCAUCAGUGUCUCCUUCCCUUUCCUUCCAGUUUGGUCUAGAACAUGUUGCUUGAAGUGGAAAACUCCAGAGCCCCUGUUUGUUAACGUGCCAUAUCAUGUGAUACGUUGACCUGAGGUCCAGUGCCACUUUUAAAGAAGUAACUGAUGUAAAAUAUAAAUUUUAUUUGGCAAUUA